UUCCACUUAAAUCACAUGUCAGGGUUUUUGUGAUGGAAAACACGGGAAUUAUGGAUCACAUGGCGAAUGGUAUAGAAAUGGAACAGAAUAUUGUCUUACCUGCAACAGUUCAAGCAAUAAAUUCAACAAUUAUCAUAGAGAUAUUCGGUAAAAGUUCUUGCCAAAGAUCUUUUUCUACUAGAUUUAUUUUUAAACCUGAUAGAGAUAAGUCGCUUACUGCGCAAGAAUUACUGCGCCCAACAGACAUAAUAACUCGUGUACGCGCUUUUCAGGAGAGCUCAAGAGUCCGCCACACCCAUACCUACUCAGAUACCAAGGAUGCCCUGAAAACUAGAGUAAGAAACGUAAAAGAGAAUAUAAAAGAGUCCGCUUGGGAUAUUGUAAAGGGGUCCGGCACUGGGAUUGUUAUCACCGCUGGCUUAAUAUUAUUCGAUUUCAGCCUUGCCAACUGGAACAACCGCCGGAAUGAAAGGAUUAUUCUUCAUGCCUUUGAACAUGGUUCCUGUCCAGAACCUGAU